AUGAAGGAUUUGGAAUAUCCUCCGACGGUCCAAAUAUUAGUAGCUGUAAGUUCUCCAGGGGAUUCAAUCAACGUUUGGUAUUAGAUUAGCAUGUGUAAUCAUUUUCCAAACACAGCCUCUUCAUUCACGCCGUCUUUGGGGUUGUUGACUCGGAAUAUUGUUCAUGGCUUAUUAACGGGGAUGAGUUGUCAAGUACACUUGAAGGUUGUGUUUUGAGGCUUCGUAUUAUAUGGUUUCAGAUGAGAGAAGUGGCCCAGUCUUCGCUUCAUUUGAAUGCCCCCAGGGCAUCUCGGUCUCUCAGCGCCGAUGGUCGAACGUCUCCUUCGCCGCGACGUGCGGGCGAUCGCGAGAGUAAGUGAUGACGUCGUUAUUGGAUUCCAGCACAGCAUAUAAGCCUAUAAUAUUAUGAUUUCGGUGUGUGUCUUUCCCAGUUCUGAUGGAGGCUGUCCCGAGAAACGUUUCUGUCGAAAGUAAUACGUUUACAGGUCGCAAGAAACUGGAACGGUCGAACUCCUUGACCAACAAUCGUACGACAAUCCCUUUACUGCCUGUUCUCUCAGCUGCUCAAAUUCAGGUUUUACGAAAAUCUUGGAAGCACAUUAACACCAAAGGCCUUAACGGUGUCUUCAGAAGAUGCUUCCAGCGAGUAGGUUUUGUCAUCAUUUUGGAUUCUAUGAAUAGAUAAUAUUUAUGAUUUGGUUUUUGAUGCUUUCUUUCAUGACUGUUAUCUUGUAGCUGGAAAGUGCAAAUCCGGCUGUAUCAGCUGGCUUCAGAACAGACCGGCCGGAUUCGGAAUCCGAAACGAAAACGGUGAUUGAACAUUCAAAGUUCCUCGUGGGUCUGUUUCAUCGCGUGAUUAUGGACGGAGAAGAGGUAGUGCUAUCACGAGAGUAAACUUGUUUUCAGGAUCUGGAUGUAUAUCUUCGUCAAAUUGGUGCGAGGCAUGCAUUUCUGAACGAAGAGUGCGGGAUCGGAGUUCCAGAGCUCGAAAGAUUGGGGGAAUUGAUAGCAGAAGUAGUGCUCAAGUUGGAUGGGGUACGCCAGAGUAAAGAAGCUACGUAGGUUGAUUCUACUUUGUGGUUACUGUAUUUUUUAUGGGUUUGCUGACAUUAGAGAGCAAACUAAUUUUUAUAAUAGUUUUUUUUACAACAUUGUAUUAUAAUAUUUACAGUAAGAUAUGGAGAUUGAUGAUUUCAAAAGUAAUCGACUACAUUAGAGACGGAUUCGAGACAGAGCUACGAAUGCAACGAAGAAAGAUAUCAACAUUUACUCCUGGAAUAGACAAUCGGUGAGUAUCCUUUCAAUUACUGGUGCGAUCAUCUGCUUACUGUGUCAUUGGACAAAUGCUUAUAAUUUUUGUUAUGUUAAUCAGGUUUGGCAUGUAAUUCUUUUCUAGACGAAACUCUAUGCCAAGCUCUCAGAACAGAAAACAAUCCAUGAAGCUGAACGUUGGACCGGCGAUUCGAAAGUUCUCCAACUUUCGGUAG